UAUGUCUCGUGUCAUCUGUGUUUAUUAAUGUUUAUGGUAGUGACAAACUUAUUUUGCCGAAAUAUGAUUAGCUUUGUAAUAAUUUCAUAAUUGCAAAUUGUUUUUUUAUUUAUCAGGAUGACAAUAUGAAACGCCCUAAUUUUACUACAUUUCUGUCAUCGCCAUUUCGUUAAGAGAAAAAAAUGUGAAUUGCAUGAAAAGAAUCGCAUAAAGAACCAAGCCGCUUCGUUUCACAUAUUAUGACAUUUGAUAAUAAUUUAUCACAUAUCACGAUGUUUAAACGUCCUGAGAGCACAACGAAAGAUUGUCAUACAUCCGUGAAAAGAGCGAGGCUCGACUCUCCCAACAGUAAUCCCGAGAACAAGAAAGUGCAGUAUGAUGAUCUCUGGGGUGACGAUUUCGCCGAAGAAGAUAUCGAAGAAAUGGAUAUGAUUGCGUCUCAAGCAUAUUCGCAGACGAGCAAUACAUUAGACAAUGCGAAACCGAGUGGAAGUGGCUUGCAUUUGAUGAAACCAGACUUCUCAGAGAGACCAUUCGCUGUUGCUUGCAAUGAAACAUCGCGUUUGAAGCUAUCACGACUUACAGGAAAGGCUGACUUGUGUGUGAAAAAGGAUAUACCAAGCAGAAGUCAAGAUGUUGCAGAUAUUAAUUAUUCCCAGUUUAGAAACAACCUAAUCAGUACAGAAAGUCACAAUUCGACAUUUCAGAAGGGAAAUAACAUUAUUGUACCAGAUAACAAGGAAUUGGAAAAAUUAAAAAAUGAAAAUAAGAAAUUACUGAAUGAUUUUAUAACCAAAGAUGGUGAAACUGUAUAUUUACGGCAACAAGUGCAGCAAAUUCAGUUACGGACCGAAAAUGAAAAAUUAGAAAAGAUGCGUUUAAUUGAAGAGCAAGCUAAUACUCACAGAUUAGAAAUCAACAAAAUUUGUAAAGAGAAAGAACAGUUGAAAACACAAUUAGAAUUACAAAGUUUAGAAAUAGGAAAUCUGCAAGAACGUUGUAAGCGAUUAGAAUCUAGAAAUAUUAAAUUGGAAGAACCACAAUCAUUGUACAUGAAUACUUCUUUUAAUAAAAGUAAAUGUAACACAUCAAUCAAUCGACUAGCAAAUACAAAUAAAAAUCAAGUAAAAGAUGUAUGUGUACAAGCAAAUAUCUACAAGAAAGUUGAUCAUCAACUUCAGACAUAUGGUACUUAUUUUCCACUUACAGGAAUUUCAGAAUUAAUGUUUGAAGCAUCAUUGCCAGAGAAACCCAUUGUUAAUAUCAAAGUCAUAGAAAAAACUGGAAGAAGAAAUUUGCCUAUUUUGCAAGAAGAAGAAACAUUUAGGAUAUUUGAAAAUCCCGACUUGGUAAAACCAGUAAUUACGAUGGUAAAUGAGAAAAAAUUGACAAUACAAUUUGUUUUACCUGAAAUUGCAAUCAUUGAGAGAAAAGCUAAUAAUGAGAUAGAAUCUGAAAAAUGUAUACCAAUAAUUAAUAAGCUAGUUUUGACUACAAGGGAGCUAAUGCUGAAUGUUGUAAAGGUUUUGCAAAUGAUUUUUCAAGCUAUGAGGAAUGAUGAUAUUCGAGAUAUGAAUGAUCUGUAUUUUUCUAAUGUUUAUGAGAAUCAUAAUAUUUGUAUCAAGUCCGAGUGCGAAGCAAACGCAUGGCAUGAAGGAGAACGCGGUAUCGAGGCGAGAAGAUUACUUGGUGUACUUUCGUAUAUCAGCUUGGAAUCAUCAUACUUGAGCAAUUACUUGGCAGGAAAAUCACUAUUGUGCACGCGAAAUGAUGAGUGCUAUAAUCGUUUCCUACCACAAAUGACACGUUAUAAUGCAUGGUCAAAAAAAAAUCAUGAAUUUGAAAUUCUUGAGAUCAUUCUAGAAUGCGUUACUUUAAUAGGACGUGUUAGAAGAUCUCAUCAAUUUACAGGUCUUAUUAAUGCAAUAAUAAAAGUACUGUGCAAUGUGCAGCGGAAAGUAGGUUACUGUAAGAAAGGAUUAGAAUACAUAUGUCUUAUCUUUAAACAACUAGUGUUUUCGAGGCCACUGUCACUCUGUUAUAUUUCCUUAGUAGACUUCCUAAUGAUUUUUAGUAAAUGUUAUAUCGAAUUUGUACCAAAACUCUGCAGCAGUUCGCAAUCAGUAAAAAACUGGAAAGGUAUUCUACAUUUUACACCAGAUGCUUGUGUCUUACAAAUUCUUAUACUGCAAUUGGAGCAUUUUAAUCCAGAUUUUCUCACUAUUGUAAAUAUAAGUCAUGGGUUAAUAUCAUCUGUGUGGGAUAUUCUGCAAACGAAUAAUAAUUUAUUAAGGAUUGAAAAUUCAGACUCCUGUAACUGUUAUAUGAAGCUAUUACGAGUCACAAUUAAUAUGUUGAAAAAGUCUUCUGAAACCAAAUUAGAUAUAAUCGAUAAUACUGAGUGGCAGAAUUUACUCUCUGAUUCCAAGAAGUGUUAUAGCUUAAAGAAAGUUAAUUAUAAAAAUUAUACAUGUCAGACAGAAUGCAGUGAGCAGAAUAUGGAAAAACAUCUAUCUGCUAUAUAUUUGGAAAAGUUGGAUAAAAAUUUUUGGCUUGGUAUUAAAAAGAUCCAGCAUAAAGUAUUGAAACAAGGCAUUAGGUUUUUAUCUCAUCUCGUAAAUUGUAAUCCAGAAUUUCUUACUCGUUCAUCUGAUAUAGAAGAUAUGUUUAAUUUAUUUAUACGAAACAUCGCUUUCUUCGACGAUUUGAUACUUCAUGAAAAUGAACGAGAAGCAUUAGAUAUUAUAAAAUCUACAUUAUUUAAUAAAAGUAUACAGAAUGAAGUGGAAAUACCUCAUGAAGAAAUACAUAUUCAUCAACUGAAUAUUAGAAAUGUAAAGAAAAAGAUUAUUCCUGGAACCAAAAGAGUUGAAACAGUUAAAGAUUAUAAUAGAACAUAUAUGACUAUCAAAGCACUGUAUAAUUCUAAAACAGAAUACAAAGAUAAAUUAUAAAAU